GAAACCAACACUCGACUCAUAAUUUGUCCCAUCUCUAGAUCUCUCCUUUUCAUCUCUUCUUAACGCCAAACCACACUUUCCCUCCAACCGUCUUGUCUGAAUCCACAUUCAACAUGUGCCAAGACCACCUCACACUCUACGAAUGCAGACAUAUGAACUACAUUGAGUUGGAAAGAUGCAUCUUCUUUUCACCCGCCCUCAACAAAUGCGUGGCAGCACCGCAUGAGAUGAUUGAGCACUACCCUGCGUUCGAGUGCCCUGAAUGCAGAAGGACAAAAGCGAAGAAGGAGAGGGAUGAAUUAGGAAUCGAAGGAGAUUUAAAUGGAAAGUUUAGAUACGCAGACGAGAUCUUCUGGGAGUUUCAGAUAUUGGCAAAGCUAGGAUGCAAAAUAGGUAGAAUAGACAGGUGUUGCAUGGGACAAUGGGGAGGAGUGAGCGGGGAUGUAUGGAAAGGUGAUGGAGCAAGCGAAAAUUUCAUCUCGGCGAGUUCAGAACGGCUGCGAUACCAGAUGUGGAUAUGCAGGAGUUGCAGAGAGGGGAGCGCAUCAGGCUUGAUCUGGUUUUGGAACUCAUGGAACAAUAGGAGAACUCACUUGGUGAAUGUACUUAAUAAUCGUGGGACAUUCCACAUGCUAUUUAUCUGAAUGUAUCUAGAAGUUCUAGAACAGUGAACCGAGUGGUAGAGACUCAAGGAAUAGAGACUAUGUUACCCUCAGCAAGUAUUCCCACAGAGUCUGGAUUGUACUCGAAUACCUGGUAUAUUAAGCUUUAAGAACGCAUGUAGCCAGCUUUGCAUGAAAUGGC